UGCUCCGUCAGCAGUCCAUCCGGACACAGCAACAUCCAUUAUCAUCGUCGGCCUUCGCUCCUUUUCCUUCUUUUUCCCUCUUCACAUCGAAUUCCGUACUUUGACUCUUCCUCUUCAGGCAGCGCUUCUGCAGUGCUUAUAUACCUGACUCCCCGCUUUCGGUGUUCUCUCUCUUCUACUCCCAGUCAAUUUUCUCCAUCCACAUCAUUCAUCAUGACGUCGACCGCAGUUGCUGAUUUCGGUCUCAUCGGUCUGGCCGUCAUGGGCCAGAACCUGAUCCUCAACGCUGCUGAUCACGGUUUCACUGUCUGCGCCUACAACCGUACCACCUCCAAGGUCGACCGCUUCCUUGACAAUGAGGCCAAGGGCAAGUCUAUCGUCGGUGCUCACUCCGUCGAGGAGUUCUGCUCCAAGCUCAAGCGCCCUCGCCGCAUCAUGCUCCUCGUCAUGGCUGGAAAGCCCGUUGACCAGUUCAUCGAGUCUCUUCUGCCUUUCCUUGAGAAGGGUGAUAUCAUCAUUGACGGCGGUAACUCCCACUACCCCGACAGCAACCGCCGCACCAACUACCUGAAGGAGAAGGGCAUCAGCUUCGUCGGCAGCGGUGUCUCUGGUGGUGAGGAGGGUGCCCGCUACGGUCCCUCUCUCAUGCCCGGUGGUAACCCUGACGCCUGGCCUCACAUUAAGGACAUCUUCCAGAGCAUUGCCGCCAAGAGCGAUGGCGAGCCCUGCUGCGACUGGGUUGGUGAUGAGGGUGCUGGUCACUACGUCAAGAUGGUCCACAACGGUAUCGAAUAUGGUGACAUGCAGCUCAUCUGCGAGGCCUACGACAUCCUGAAGCGCGGUCUCGGUCUAUCCUCAAAGGAAAUCGCCGAUGUUUUCGCCAAGUGGAACAAGGGCGUUCUGGACUCUUUCCUCAUUGAGAUCACCCGUGACAUCCUGUAUUACAACGACGAGGACGGUGUCCCCAUGGUCGAGAAGAUCCUCGACAAGGCUGGCCAGAAGGGUACCGGCAAGUGGACCGCCAUCAACGCUCUCGACCUCGGCAUGCCCGUCACCCUGAUCGGCGAGGCUGUCUUCUCUCGCUGCCUCUCUGCCCUGAAGAACGAGCGUGUCCGUGCCAGCAAGCUUCUCAGUGGCCCCACCCCCGAAUUCUCUGGCAACAAGGAAGAGUUCAUUGCCGACCUUGAGCAGGCUCUGUACGCCUCCAAGAUCAUCUCCUACGCUCAGGGAUUCAUGCUCAUCCAGAACGCCGCCAAGGAGUACGGCUGGGAGCUCAACAAGCCCGCCAUUGCCCUCAUGUGGCGCGGUGGUUGCAUUAUCCGCUCCGUCUUCCUGAAGGACAUCACCGAGGCCUACCGCAACGACCCCGAUCUCGAGAACCUCCUCUUCAACGACUUCUUCAACAAGGCCAUCCACAACGCCCAGAAGGGCUGGAGAAGCGUUGUCAGCAAGGGUGCCCUCUGGGGUAUCCCCACUCCCGCCUUCAGCACCGCCCUCAGCUUCUACGACGGCUACCGCGCCGAGACUCUGCCCGCCAACCUGCUGCAGGCCCAGCGUGACUACUUCGGUGCCCACACCUUCCGCAUCAACCCCAAGUUCGCUAGCGAGAAGCACCCCGAGGACAAGGACAUCCACGUCAACUGGACCGGACGUGGCGGUGACGUGUCUGCCUCGACCUACGUUGCUUAAUUUGGGACUUUGAAACACUGCGCUGGACGUGAAGCUUUUCUGGACCGAAGAUAGUCAAUAGGACCAGACAAAAUGGGAGUUUUGCAGCUCUCUAAAGACAUAGAAUGAUAAUGCCCGAUUUCAAAGAAAAAAAAUGUAUGAGGCCCGCUGUAUAGGUCGUUAUGAAUAUAUUAUUUGAGACAUCCAUUUCCUGUAGAAUACCCC